AACAAUGGCGGACGAAGAAAAUGCCACUAUGAGUAAUUACAUCCCAACACCUAAGUCGCUUAAAAACAGCGACGAAGUCAUCGAGGAAAUAAGAAAUUGGAUUGUUCGAUUAGACUUCAAUUCAAAAUUUCACGAAAAUGCCGUCAAACAUAUCGAAGCUGUUGAGAAACGACGACUUUCCUGUUUGGAAACGACUUUAGUCGAGAGACAAUAUGUUAAAGUCGUAUUGGAAAUGUGGCUGAGAGAGGGUUUACGAAAGGCCUUUGAUUACCUAAAUGAUGAAAAAAUCGAAAUCAGCGUCGAAAUGCCCACUUUAUUGAAAGAAUUGAAUUCCAUCAAUUCAUUCAAAGAUAUUGUCAAAUUCAAACUAAAUGAAGCGACGUGCCAACUGACAAAUUUGUGUGACGCAAGAUGUCAAUAUUUACAACUCAUACUCGAUCAGGUGGAUCUUUUCAAAAACACGCCACGUUUCUCGAUUCUUGUCUCCGUUUAUUUCAAUCAAUUUAAAACAUCUUGCAUUGACAAAGUGUUUUCCAAGUCUCUAGAUGAUGUCACGAAAGACCAAAGAAAUGGCAAGAGAAAUCAGGAACUUAUACUUGCAUUAAAUGCGCUAUUUCGAGACGCCAGUGAAAACCUAAGAAUUCAAAAUGUUUUGGAGAAAAACUUCGAGGGAAAUGACGCCGAGGAUUUUGAUGAUGCAAACGGGAAUGACUUGAUCAACCAAUUGGUGAAUAUCUUUGAAAGUUGCUGUAACGGGACUGAAAAUGAAUCAUCGAAUUGGUUGAAUCAGUUAAAAUCAGAAAAAGAAUGGACACCUAAAUUGCAUGUCUUGGUCAAAGAGACGUGCAAGGCAUUCCUGUUACCUAAGACGACGACCAAAGUCAAAGACGAAUAUGGUAGAAAAAUAAUAUUCGUUAAAGGUGCCUCGGUCUUUGUUAGCAAAAUUAUUGACGAAAUGAAACGACUGAAAGAAGAAAAUCCCGAAGUGCAAGAAAUUCGGCUUGUCGGACUAUCAUCCGUUCACGUCGAUUUCCACCUGGAGAAUGAAAUCUGGUACGGAACGAAUGUGGGAAUCGUUGCUGAUAAAAUUUUUGUAGACUACGAAGUCUGUGGGAAUGGUCUGUUGGAAUCCCAGGUUUCUUGCGUCUGCUGGGAUGUUUCAGGCAAAAACGGAGAGCCUGGUCGACCGGGUAUGAGCGGCGGCAACGUACACAUCAUUUGCAAUGAAAUGUUCAACGCCAAACGAUGGAAGGUUAUUUCUGAUGGGGGCAAAGGAGGUGACGGGCAAAAUGGCAGUAACGGGAAAAGCCAACGAGAAGAAGAGGCUCAAAAAUGGUCCAAAGAAUAUUUCAAUCAAUUAUUUCCUUCCAUGUCGACAUUCGAAACGGGAGAACAAAGAAAAGACAUGGCUACGAACGAUGCAGUUAAAACAGUUCUGAGGACGCUAAACGAGUUGUUGCCAGUUGACAAUCGACAAUACGGCAAAGAUGUGCAACCAGACAAUCCAGGUAAUUUUUUCAUCGACGGCACUGCGAAAGAUGGCAGUGAGAUCACCGUCUCGUACUAUCAGUCCAAAACAAAACGACACACACUUAUUCUCUGCCAAGGAAGCAGCAUUGGACAAGGGGGAUUUGGAGGUAACAUUGUCUUUGAAUACAUGACCGAAAGAAACUCGGUUCCAACAGAAGCUGGCAUUCCGGUCGUUGGGAAGGAAAACCGUCAACCAAGGGCUGUGCGAAUGGGUGUCUACCAAGCAAUGGGUUCUGAUGGCGAGAUGGGAACACCUGUAGGCGACGUUGGUUUCAUCCACAGGCUAGAUACAUCUGAGGCAUCUGCAAACCAAAAUCUGACAGGUUAUUACAUCGGCUUCGAAAAUGAUGUUAGCCUUGAAACGAAACGCGAUGGUAAGAAACCUAAAAAGCAGCCAAACGAUCCUGAUAACUAUUACGUAAAAAAAAAGAAAGACGAAUAUGCGUCGAUUGCUUACCGUGGUCUACCCGCAUACGGCCAAGCACAACCACUGCGUUCGACGGUGCUAAAUGCCACGAAAAAGAAAGCCAUCGUUCGCCAAAGUCUUGCCCAGCACGUUGUUCAAAUGGACGAGCGGAAGCAGAUGACACAAUGUCUUCACGAAAAAUUAUCCAAGGACUGGGAGGAACAAAAGUUGACAGAAAAUGUCGACGAUUUAGUCAAUCAAAUGGUAGGCAAAGAAACUCAAUUUUAUCAAUUAACGUCUCAGUACAGUCGGGGCCUUGAGAACAUUGCCUCGAUGACUUUUGUGAAACCGGCAUUAAAAAAGAAAGUGGAUGUGAACGGCGUACCAGACACUUCUCGCUCUUUAUUCGGCCAACGGUCAAUUGGACGUCGUCCAGUGGAUUUCCGGCAAAAAGCACCUGUUGAAGUUCGAUGUCUCGAUAUGCUGCCAACAAUGAGCGGCGCUGAUAGUGCUAUACACAGCAUUUUCGGUCAAAUGAAUUCAAGUGGAUUGUUUGUUUGCAAUAACGUGAAAAUAUUUCGCCAACAUCUAGCAACAUUCAUUCGGCAGAAUGCGACACGCCCUAAUGAUUCAUCAGACGACAUCGAAAGGUUUGAAUUCCAUCAGGAAAUGAAAAAUUAUGUCAAAGUCUCAGAUUUUGUCGAGCAGUUUGUACUCCGUGUGCAAAAGAGCAACGCAUUAGAUUACCCCGUAGCUUUUGACGUGAAAAAUGCUUAUUCAGAUUUUCGACGGAUGAACAAUAAAGAAAAUGAAUUCGACUGGCAAAACGCGAAAGAAAAUCAAAAUUUAUUUGAAGAAUACGCCAAGUUUGUUGAGACACUAUAGAACUCACUGGAAUCGGCUGAACUGGAAAUGCUAGCAAUCAUCCACUGUCUGUCCAUCCAUGUUUACACUGAUCAACUAUCAUCCUUCAAGUUUAAGGGAACAUUGAAUGCUGGCGAUCUUCUCAGUACUACAUGUAAGCUGUUGCCUUUACGCACGUACGAAACAGGAAAAAAUAGGGACGUUGGGAAAAACUAGGAUUGUAUUUUGGCGUAUGGUUGCCAGUGCACGAGAGAAAAAUAACAGGUAGUGGUGACUUGUUGCGAGCAGGUUACCACGCGAGUUUGUUGGAAUAGACAGUUCGACACGAAAGGAAAUACUAGUUGCCAGCUAGUAUUAACACAAAGAAAGGAAUUCGAGUUAGCUAAGUACUGGUUGCCUGCCAGUACUUGAGCGAAAAACGAAGAGAAAAAACAGGACAAGUGAUGGA